GAGGACGGAAGGACACAGUGCCCCUUUGCCCGGAGAAGGGAAGGCUGGGGAGGCCUGUGCCGGCCACCCCUUCCUGGAGCGGCUCCUUCAGCCACUGCUCUGUGCAGGAGACCCUUCGUGGCUCCGUGCCAGGACAUCGCAUGGAACCCAUAAACCUGCUUCCAGACAACAGGGGAAGCCUUGGUGGCCCCCAGAAACCACAGAACAAGCCGUUGCUUCUCAUCAUGGUUCGUAAAGGCCAAAUUAACAUGGCGGAAUAGCAUAACGCUGUGCGGACAAGCACAACGAGCCAUCGUGGCAGAAGCUGUCAUGGAUCGUCGUGUUGUCCGGACCCGCAUGAGAUCUCGGCACGCCUUCUGUCCCCAGAAGUGGACUCCAAGCGGCAGGGAGUCUUCUGCGGCUCCAAUGCCGAGCCAGCAGGGACGAGCCAAUCGGGUCGGCCCAGUUGCGGGACUGAGCGCGCGGCUUGCUUUCCCUGUGCGUUAUGCAACACAGAGGUGGGGCCCAAUCCAGGCCAAUAAAAAGGGGAGAAGCCCAGCAAAAGCAGAGCUGUGGAGAUCGGUGCCAUGGAGCUGUCCGGGACGGUCACUGUAUUCCUUGCCCUCUACCUGACCUACCUCAUCGUCGUAUCCAUCAAGAGGGGCGUCUCAAAGAAGGGGAACUUGCCCCCGGGGCCCACCCCCCUACCUGUGAUCGGGAAUUUCCUCCAGCUCAAGUCCGGACGAACCAUAGAAUCCCUGCUCAAGCUGCGUGAAAAAUACGGCCCGGUCUUCACCGUCUACUUCGGCAAUCGCCCAGUCGUGGUUUUAUGUGGACAUGAGGCGGUGAAGGAGGCCCUGAUAGACAAGGCCGAAGAGUUCAGUGGGCGGAAAACAAACCCCACCCUGGAAAGGACCUUCCAAGGAUACGGGGUGGUGUUUUCCGACGGCGAGCGCUGGAAGCUCCUGCGCCGGUUCUCCCUCACCGUCUUGAGGAAUUUUGGGAUGGGGAAAAAGAGCAUUGAGGAGCGGAUCCAGGAGGAGGCCCAGUUUCUUCUGGAAGAAUUUCAGAAAACCAGGCAGGAGCCCUUCGACCCCACCUUCUUCCUAAGCCGCGCCGUCUCCAACAUCAUCUGCUCCAUCGUCUUUGGCGACCGCUUUGACUAUGGCGAUCAGGAGUUCCAGGCCCUCCUGCGGAUGAUGAACGACAGCUUCAGAGAGAUGAGCACCCCCUGGGCUCAGUUCUACGACAUGUACGCCAACAUCCUGAAGUUCUUUCCGGGGCCGCACACCAAGAUCUACGACCUCUUGGAAGAGAUGAGGCUCUUCAUCGCCCGGAAAGUGAAGAGGAACCAGGAGACCCUGGACCCCAACGCCCCCCGUGACUUCAUCGACUGCUUCCUCAUCCAGAUGGACAAGGAGAAAGGCAACCCGGCCAGCGAGUUCAACCUCCCGAACCUGGAGCUCACCACCCUGAAUCUGUUCUUCGCCGGGACCGAGACCGUCAGCUCCACCCUGAGAUACGGGUUCCUGCUGCUGAUGAAAUACCCGGAGGUGCAAGCAAAACUGCACGAAGAGCUUGACCGAGUGGUUGGCCAGAGCCGAGUCCCGAACAUUGAAGAUCGGAGCCAGAUGCCGUACACGGACGCCGUCAUCCACGAGGUGCAGCGGGUCAGCGACCUCAUCCCCAUGAACGUGGCCCACGCAGUCACCUGCGACACCGAAUUCCGGGGCUACGUCAUCCCGAAGGGGACAGAGAUCUACCCCAUGCUCACCAGCGUCCUGCACGACCCCUCCAUGUUCAAGACCCCGGACACCUUCAACCCCGGACACUUCCUGGACGAGAGCGGGUGCUUCCGGAAGACGGCUGCCUUUGUGCCCUUCUCCUCAGGCAAGCGGCUCUGCCUGGGCGAGGGGCUGGCCCGCAUGGAGCUGUUCCUCUUCUUCACCACCAUCCUGCAGAGGUUCCGGCUGAAGCCGCUCCUGCCCCCCCAGGACAUCAGCCUGGCCCCCAGGGAGAAGGGCUUCGCCACCAUCCCGCCCUUCUACAAGCUCUGCAUCGUCCCCCGCUGGCAGCAGCGUUCUCGUGGAGUGGGACUGGUGGGGCCCGCAAAGCGCUUCCCCGCAGCGGCCGAGCGCUGGGGGGCGAAGAUGGGCGAUUCAGAGCCCCCAGGGAGGCGGGGCCUGAAAUUCAAUCUCGCGCUCCGGCUCUCCGGGAGGCCUGGUCAGCCGGUCUCGCUGCCCGGGCAGAUGCAUAUAAGGGGCGCGCUGGAGCCGCACCCGGCUACCUCCCCGGCCGACCCCAUGGAGCUCGGCGUCCUCCUGGGCGUUUGCACCUCCUGCCUGCUCCUCAUCUUCACAUGGAAGAAAACGCACAAAGAGGGGCGGCUGCCCCCGGGCCCCCCCCCCUUGCCCUUCAUUGGCAACUUGCUGCAGGUGAAAAUGAGCGAGCCCUUCCGGUCCCUCCUCGCGCUGAGGGAGCGGUACGGCCCUGUGUUCACGGUGCACCUGGGCCCCCGGCGGGUGGUGGUCCUCUGCGGGCAUGAGGCGGUGAAGGAGGCCCUGGUGGGCCAGGCGGAGGAGUUCAGCGGGAGAGGUCAGCUGGCCUCCAUUGACCGGAACUUCAAGGGCUUUGGCGUUGCUUUGGCCAACGGAGAGCGGUGGAGGCAGCUCCGUCGCUUCUCCCUCUCUGCACUGAGGAAUUUUGGGAUGGGGAAAUGCUCCAUUGAGGAGCGGAUCCAGGAAGAGGCACAGUACCUGCUGGAGGAAUUUAGGAAAAUGGAAGGUGAGUGUCUGUUUGCCUGUCCGUCCGUCCGUCCGUCCGUCUGUUUGGGCCGCACCGUCUCCAACGUCAUCAGCUCGGUCGUCUUUGGCAGCCGCUUCGACUACGCGGACAAGACCUUCCUGUCCUUACUGCACAUGAUCAACGAAAGCUUCAUUGAGAUGAGCACCCCGUGGGCCCAGCUGUACGACAUGUACUCCGGCAUCAUGCAGCACCUGCCCGGCAGGCACAACCGCAUCUACCGCCUCAUCGAGGAGCUGAAGGCCUUCAUUGCCGAGAAGGCCGCACUGAACCAGAAGACCCUCGACCCCAACAGCCCCCGCGACUUCAUCGACUGCUUCCUCAUCCAGAUGGAGAAGGAAAAGGGAAGCCCCUCCAGCGAGUUCAACAUGAGGAAUUUGGUCCUCACGACCCUCAACCUCUUCUUUGCUGGGACAGAGACGGUGAGCUCCACCCUGCGAUACGGAUUCCUCCUCCUCAUGAAACACCCGGAAGUGGAAGAGAAGGUCCACCAGGAAAUCGACCGCGUCAUCGGCCAGAGCCGCAUCCCUGCCACAGAGGACCGGACGAAGAUGCCCUACACGGACGCCGUCAUUCACGAGAUCCAAAGGCUGACCGACAUCGUCCCCAUGGGGGUGCCGCACACGGUGAUCCGGGACACAGUGUUCCGCGGGUACCUCCUGCCCAAGGGCACCGACAUCUUCCCCUUGCUCGGCUCCGUCUUACGAGACCCCAAAUAUUUCAGCAACCCGGAGGAGUUCAACCCGGGGCACUUCCUGGAUGAGGAAGGGCGCUUCAGGAAGAACGAGGCCUUUGUGCCGUUCUCCUCAGGGAAGCGCGUGUGCCUGGGCGAGGGGCUGGCCCGCAUGGAGCUCUUCCUCUACUUCACCGCCAUCCUGCAGAACUUCUCCCUGAAACCCCUCGUGCCGCCCAAGGACGUGGACAUCUCCCCCAGGCUGAGCGGUUUCGGGAACAUCCCUCCGUCCUACCAGCUGUGCUUGUUGCCUCGCUGAUCCGGAGUCCGCCUGGCAUCCCCUCGGGAAGGAGGGGAGGGGGGCAACAACAUCGGGGCGCUUCCGCCCGGCCCCUGCAGAGCCAGGCAAACGUCCUCGCCUUUGCCGAGUGUUUUCCACUGUGUUCCUUCUGAACUCAGGGAGGCUUGGCAGGAUAGGGCAGAAACUGCUCUCGUGUGCAUCCAAAGCUGCCUUCGUGCUUGCAUCCACUGGUAAGGAAAAACUCUUUGGAUCCGUUUCUAAUCUGAUUGAAAGCAUUCUUCUUAGAACAUUGCAUCACAAUCUGGUGUGUAAAAUUGAAACCAUUUCCCUGUAUUAACCAAGAACGCUAAUAAAUAUUUUAAGGCCUUGGUGGCAAA